UAAUUAGGUUUAGGUAGGUCGUUGGUACCUAAGUAUCUAUACAAUACCUAUAUUGUGAUCAUCGAGUGUUCGAGUUUAUCGUUAAAUCUUAAAUAUGUUUGUUGUCUUAAAUAUUUAAAUUAUAAUAAGAGGUACCAAACUUAACCUUGGGAGUGGGGGGGAGGCAUGUCACAAAUUAUAAUUUAUCAUUAUACAGGUGUAUUUUCGUAUAACACGGUUAAAACUUGCAAUAAGCGUGAGUCACGAUUCCCGAAUAAAUUAAUAAUAUAUUAUACACUAGCACAAGCUUCAAGCGACGUUUAAUGACACACGAUACACAGACAUUUAGACAAUAUUAUAUCGUGUAAAGUACCAAGUUUGUAGCGUAUUUUAACUAUUUUAAUGUAAUCCGGCACGGUAUUUAGGGAUCGUGAUGAAUCCGCAAUGAUGUAAAUUCUAAAUAUAUUGUUUUAUGUUUAUACUGUUAUCACGAUAUAGGCAGUGUUUGGCUAGCGCCACCUGUGGACGUCGCUGCCACCAAUGUAUUGUUAUUGUUUCACUGAUAAAGAACAAUUUUAUUAUUCACAGCAGCCAGCAGGUUAUAACGGCAGACGAUACGGAAUGGACUUCCCCGUCUAACAACUGUGAUAACGUAUUGAUCUAUAGUCUGUACUCCGUAGUGUAUGCAUUCGUAUUAAUUGUAAUUUGUAUGCACGUCAUCGUAUCGUAGAUUCGAAUAUGAUACUUUGGCGGUGGCGAUUGUCGGAUGGGCUUUUGCGAGGAGUCUCGUGCGAUUUGGCCGUUUAAAGAAUUCGCGUUCCGCUAAAUAGCUUGCGAAAACAAAACAUUUAUUAUUAUUUUUUACUCUGUGGGACGACCGAUAGUGCGAUAGACGAUAGUAGGUACUAAUGUACUAUUUAGUAUUUACCUAUAAUAUUAUUAUGUGGAGGUGGCACAAAUAAUAAUAAUAAUAAUAUAAUAAUAAUAAUAAAUAAUAUAAUUUAUUCUGGUGCGCCUUUCAAAUUCAAAAUUCAAAUCGCGUUUUUGAUUGUAUCGUUUGGCGUACACCAUACUUAUUAAAAGAAAAAAAUAAACAACAAAAAAAUGUGAACUUUGCUGCUAUGUUGUCUAUAGUCGUGAACACAUUUCACUGGAUAUUUUUAGCUCCCAGAUAUUCAUCUAUGUAUUGUGUAAGUGAUGAAUGUUUUUACAAUUCUUACACUGGCCAGUGUAAUCAAUGUUUUUAAUUUUCGUCCAGUUAAUGAUGACUGAUGGAUAUUGAUCAAUCUGUGAAUGGGUGGUUUGAAAGGAUAAGCUUGAUACAGAGGAAAGCUGAUCACUAUAAGCUUCAUCAAGAUAUUCUUUCAUUAUUAUCGGAUAAUAAAGACAGUUUUGAUUUCUAUAUUAAAUCAAAGGGAAUUAUUAUUAGUGCACAUUCUUGCAUAUUACGCUGCCGCUGUCCACAAUUUUAUCAUGAAGUUAUUAAAAAAGUCGAUGUUGCUAGUUUGCCAGUAUAUUUAUUAGAACGAAUUUCAGAUUUUAUCAAGUGUGUUUAUUCUGAGAACAAUGUUACUGUACUAGAAAAAAAAUUGAUUAAAUCAAUUAAUGUUGAUCAUUUGAAAAUAAAAAAACGUCCAUCCAUUGAUUUAUAUGAGCCUAAAAGGAUCUCAUGCGAUAUUAAUCCAUUAUACUAUUCACUAGCACAAUAUGAUGACCUUUCUUCAAGUGAGUUCAGUGAUUUUGAACAAUGUGCAUAUGACGACAUAGAAUCAGUCAUUUUAAACCAGGUGAAUAUUAGAAAUUCUUCAUUUAACAGCAUGGACAUUAAAUCAAAUAAUUCAGUGGAAUCUAGCCAAGCUAAGUCUCAAUCAAGUAGCUCUCGUAAAGAGUCAAAUGUGUUAUCUAAUAAAGACACUUUUAUAGAUACUAAUUCUGCAUUAAAUUUUAAAUUUGAUGGAUCAGAUAUUGACAACAAAGUUCGAAUAGUAAAUAAUCUUAGCCAUGAAAUAGAACAUGAUCUUAUAAAAAAAACAAAUGAUGACAUAAAUAGUUUUUCAAAUCUAGAACUUGCGAUUGGAUGCACCAGUACAUUAGAUUCAUCAAUUCCUGAUCAAAUUCCUGAUUCAAAUAAUAAAAGAAAUCAACCAGCUAUUGGAAUUGUAAAGAGUAAUACCGAUGUCUGUAAUCCUGAUUUAUCAAGGGUUGAUAGUAAGAUUAUAAAUAAUGAAAAUAAUUUACUCAAUGAUAAAACAAAUAAAAUGAUUCAAGAAACUGAUGAUGAUUUAGAUGUUAUAUUGCCUAACAAUUUUGAAACUUUUACUGUAAUUAAAAAAAGUAAUGAAAAUGGAGAUAUUUUUUCUAAAUUUAAUCAUUUUGAAGAUAGUGUUAAUAAAAGUAAUCAAGAUCCAUUAAAGAGUGAAUCAAUUAAUUUUCAAACAUUCACUGUAAUAAAUGAAAAUAUAAUAAUUGAUGAUGACAAUGAAUUUCAAAAAGACAUUGUUGUCAAUAGUGAAUCUUUUGAACCUGAAACUUCAAAUGAUUAUAAAACAUUUACUAUUGUUAAUGGUAUAAGUAGAUCUCCUUUUCAUACAGAACAACUAAGUAGUUCAUCUAAUUCACCUCUAUCAAACAGUAAAAUAUUUGUAAAUAAUAAUGACAUUGAUUUAGAUGUAUUACCAUCAACUGAUAUAUUAUCUCAAUUUGAUACAAUUACAUUAUUACCACAGUCAAAUAAUAGCAACGAGGAAGAUAAUGUGUCAAUAACUUUAAAUACUGAUAAAAAAGAGAUUAAUAUGUCUAAUUUUAAUAAUGAUACAACAGAGAAAGAAACAUGUGGAAAUAACGAGUCCUAUAAUCAAGUUGAUUUAAAAGCUGAGAAAAGUAUUAGAAAUGAUGUAAUUAGUUGUUCAAAUAAUGUUGAUAGUAUUGUAACAUCAACUGAAAGUAUUAUAUGUACUGAUACAAAACAAUGUAGUGAUGUUAUACCUAAUACAAUAUGUACAGCUAAUGAUAAUGCUAUAUUCAAUUUUGUUUCUGAAAAUAACAGUAGUCAAAAUAAUUCAAAUAACCAACAUAUAGAAAAGCUGAAAAGUUCUGUUGAGUCUGAUAGUACUCUUAGUUUACAUCUUGAUAUUUUAGAGAAUACUAAAGGAAUGAAUUCUCCUGAUUCUUUAAAUGAAGAUGAAGUUUUUGGUCUGGAAGAAAAGCCUAUUGUUUCUAAUAAGCUAGAAUUUGUACCUUUAGAAGCAACACCAAUAAAAGAUAAUAGAAGUCCGCGUUUAUCUAGAAAGUAUAUGGAAUGUUCACCUGUUAUAUCAGCUAAUGCUUAUAUUCCUGAUCUUGAUGUGGACAAAUCAUCUGUCACUGAAGAAAAUAGUGAAAGAAAGAACUCAAGCUCAUUUUUUAUUGAUUUUAAUCAAGGUAAACCAAAAAAUAAACCUAAACGUUUUGAAAAUCUCACAAAGUCUUUAGAUUCUAGUACAAUUGCUAAUAGCAAAGAAAAAAUAUUCUCUAUGUUUAUUGAUUUUAACGAAGAUUCUGAAUCCAGUGAAUCAUCAUCUAAAGGUAUUAAACAUCGUAAACCUCAAACACUUGCAGAUCGGUUUGUUCGAAUGCAUAGUGAAGAGGCUUGUACCAAAACUAAUGAUUGUGAAAAUACAGUAACUCCUCCUCCAAGUCGAAUGACAUCAACUGUAGAUAAUUCUUCUGCUGACAUAUCUGAAUCAUGUAAGAAACAAAGUGUAUUCAUGUUUAUUGAAAAUGAUUCACCUACCCCUGUCAAACGAAGAUCAUUACCUCAGAGCUCUAGACUGAAGUCUCAAAGAAAUUCUUGGAAUGUUGACAGUACAGUUGUUCAUAAAACUCAUCAUAGAACUCAUAGUGUAAAUUUAUCAGAAGACAGUCACAUGGAUGCCAGAAUGACUCAGAGUCAUAUAGAAACAGGAUCAAAAGACUUCAAUAAACCUUCAGAUUCAUUUGAUACUUUAGAAUGUAAUGUAACAAUCACUGUAAAUGGUGCAAAAGAUAGUGGAAUUGGUUUAGUUGAUUCUUUUGUCCGACUAUCUGACAUGGAUAAAACACCUUCUCAAGAAAUUAUUAAUAGUUUAAAUAAGAGUGAGUCAAAAUCUGAAUCAUUGAGACGUGAUUUAAAAAAUACAGAGUUAGGUAGAUGUUUAAAACGAAUGUUUCCAUACUUAAAAAAUAUUGAAGUAGAACGUAUAUUACUCUCUAAACCACCUCACACCCUUGACAACAGAGAAGAAAUUAAAUCUGGUCUUGGACAAGAUUUACUUCGUAUGUUUAUAGAAGAAAUUGGUGCUGAUACAACAAUUGAUGUUAAUGGAAGGCGAAUUAAAGCCCAUAAAUGUGUGUUAACUUCAAGAUGCCAAUAUUUUGCUGCCAUGUUCAGUGGUGGAUGGGUACAGAGUGCUGGAAAUGUGUUAUAUUUGAAAGGCUUUUCUUAUAAUACCGUCCAUUUAACAUUACGAUACAUCUAUAGUGGGGAGUGUGAUUUCUCAGAGAUAAAAAAUGUGGCUGAAUUAUCCAAAUUGGCUGAUAUGUUGUGUCUUGAAGGAUUAAAAGAUAACAUCAUGUUGUACUUAGCAGCAGAAUACUGUCAUUUUUUUAAAGAGGUUUGCGAGCGUUGUACUAUUGGUAUUCUCGAGUGCUUAACAUUAAGUGUUGCUUAUGGACUUGAUGAUCUUUAUUUAUCUUGUAUAGUAUGGAUUAAUGACAAUUUUUCUGUGGUUUGGCCAACACACCAUUUUGUUUCACUGCCACAGGAUUUAAAAGUCAAGUGUUUCAGACAUAAAGUUGCCCAUGUUGAUGAUCUAAAUGAUGUAUUAAGUGUAACAGAAGGCUGUGAAAAGAUAAAAAAAUCUUUACCAAAUGAUGAAUGGACUAAAGAAAUAAUAAAUUUAACCACCGACCUUUCAAAUAGUGUAAUAAAAUACUUGGCAAAACAUUUUUAUUCUACCAUAACUUCAAAAUAUUUCAAACAAAUGCUUGAAAAUGAAAACUUAUUUGCCGAUAGCUUUGCUACACAUUUGUUAGCAUCUUGUAAUUGUGCAAAUAGAAAUCAAAUACGACAAGCUUAUGAUCAUUUGAACAAAUCAUCGUCAAAUAAUUUUUGGCAUACACAAGGAGACAUUUUAGUGAAUGCUAUUAUGGAGUUAAUAGUUAAAGGUUUAGCUUCUGACUUCAAAAAUGGUAGAGAAAGACAAGCAAUGGGUAGUCUUCCAAAUGAUUAUCGUAUGUCUGAGGCUCUUGCUAAAAAGAUCUCGUUUGAGCUGGGCUUACCUGGAUUAGAAUUAGCAGCAAAUGGAACUCUUAUAACAUCAAGCCCUGUUAAAAAAAUGACAAUUAGUACUAGAGCGUUAAAUAAAACACAGGAGAAUAAAAUUAAACUAAAAACUGCAGUUGAAAAUAUUCCAUUAACAAAAGUUAAAACUCCAGGAAAAUUUGCAGAGGUAAAAUCCCGGUAUAUGGAACCAAAACCACAACUGGCUACACCUACACCUCCAAAAGUCUUGUUGUCUGUUCAUAAAGAUUUACCUCGUGGUCGUCGUAAUAUGUCAUCGUCGACAUCUCUGAUUUCAUCACCUAGUGUUAGAAGCACUAUGGCAAGUUCCAGGUUGUCUACUAAUAGAAUAGAUAGUGGCUUGAAAACUAAAACAUCAUCUGAAUUAUCUCUAUCUACUCCUAAAACAAAAUCUAGGACUAUGUUGCCAAAAACUGAUCCUCUACCAUCCAACAAUCGUGCAUCAUCAAUUGCAAUAAAACAAACACCCAAAACUAAUAGAAAACCUAUACAGAAUAAUGUAAGUAUUAACAAAACAUCUAAUGAGAAAAUAACAAAUGGAGUAAAAAGACAAACUAUUAUACCAAAAACUAAAAUGUUGCCAAAUGGACAUCCCACUAUAGGUUCUAGAUCAGGUACAUUUUGUAAAGAUGAACCUACUGUUAUACACAGUAAAGAUAUAACUAGUUGAUUCAGUGUUAUCAAUCAAUUCAAUUAGUAUAUAUAUAUAAAAAAAAAUGAUGGUUCAUAUGGUACUUGUGUUUUUUUUAAAUUUUACUAGAAAUAGAAAUGUUUAAUUCCAAUAUUGUAAUAUUUUUUAUUUUAAAUUGUAGUAUUAUAUCACGACCAAAAUAUAUGUCCAAUUACUUACAAACUGUACAAAAUUAAUUAUUGAAUGAGAUUAUUUGUAAUAUCAUAUUGUGCUUAUUGUUUACUUCUUUUUUUUUUGCACAUUAUAAUAAUUAUUGUUUAGAUAUGUUAAAUAUUGUACAAAUUUAUUAUUCAUAAAAAUAUUAUUUUUCAUUUUUCUCAAGUGAACAAUGUUUACUGUCCAAUAUUGUUCAAUAUAUAAUAUAAACAGUUUAAUAGAUAAUAGUUAUAAUACCGUCUAACUAUUUUUUAUACCUUAAAUAUGAUACCAAUGUAUUAAUGGUAAACUUAUAUUAACCUUAUGGGUAUAAUAAUAUAAAGAUUUUAAAUGUAAUUAGUUGUAAAAACUAUUUUGCACACACACACAUAUAUAUAUAUAUAUAGAUAUAUUAUUUUUUCUUGUUAAUUUAUUUUUUUUUUGUUAUGAAAUGUUUUAACAAUUUUAUAUUUAAUUAAUAAAAUCCUAAAUCUUUAAGCUGUCCUUCUAUAUUUUUAACUAAAAAAAUUGCAAUAUUUUAAAAUGGUACUUUUAUUUUAUUAUUAUGUGAACUAGUCAUUGUGCCAUUUAUGAUUAAAAUUCUUAAAUUUUUUAUUUAGCAUAUACUAUAUUAUUUAUUUUUAUAUUUAAAAGUUAUUUAAGCACAGUUCCGUAUUUAUUAGUACACUUAUUUUUGUUUGUAAUUUAUUAAUAAUUCUUUUGUAAAUAUUUUAAUUUUAAUUUAUCCUGCGCUUUGUCCGUCCAAAUUCCAAAGAUAGUAAAUAAUUGUUAUUUUAUAUGAACUAGUAGCUGUUUUUAUGAGGAUGAUUUUUAAAUAUUAUUCAACAAAUGUGCAAUCAAAAAAAAAAAAAAAAAAUGUGCAAUCUCAUCAUUGAAAGUGUUUAUUGAUUUUAUUUUUGUGACUUCCAUAAAUUAUUUCGUUUUUAAUCUCAAAUAUAAGGAUAUUAUCAUAUUAUGUUCAAAUAAUUAAAAUAUUUUAUGUAUGAUUUAUCUUUGUAUUUUGCUUUAAUUGUACUUUAAUUUAAAACAUACACACCUUUAUAUAUAUAUUUAUUUUAGCUUUUGUUUAUACAUAAUGUACAGUAUAUUCAGUUACUAUAAAAACUAUUAUUAAUGAUUUAUUUUGAUUAUUAAUAAUAUGAUAUCAAUCCUAUUUAGUUGAUCAAAUCAUUGUAGAUUAUGUGAUAAUAAUAGAAUCAACCAUUUAAAAUUAAGCUCUCUAUUUUGUUCAAAUAUAGGUAUUGAAUAUUUAAGCUUUUGUGUAAUAUUAAGUUUUUUGUAAUGUUACUGUUAUUAUUUACAACUAUCCCUAUUAUUGUUACCUAUUAUUUAGGUGUAAAAUUGUUUUGAAGUCCAAUAUUUGCUUUUUGUAAUAUGUUAAGCUCAAUAAAUAUAAUUAUAAAUA